AUGGCGCAAAUUACUGCCGAUGAGCUACUGGAGGAAAUCAUGCAUUUCAUGAAGCAGCAGUUGGAGAAGGCUGUUACAAAUUCUGAUGUUUCGAUCCUUAACAAAAUCUUACCAAGUGAUCUGUGUGCUUAUCUGGUGCCCGAUAAAAGCAAAAAAAAUAAGAAAGAAAAACUAGCUGAUAUUUGCCUGCAACUAGGAAUCAAAGAAGAUGGAGAUGGUGCAUAUGAAUAUUAUGAAGAAGAUGAAGAUGGAGAUGGUGCAUAUGAAGAUAGUAAUGAUACUGAUCCUUCUUCACUCGUAUACGUUGACGCAACAUAUUCUCAGCAACAGAUUAGCAAACUUUCAAAAAUUAUUUCAGAUAUUAUGAAAAUCAUAAGAUGGACCUAA